AUGGACGAUCCAUUUGUGUCUUGCCCAUACGAGGCGGCCCAUCGCGUACCUCGUUCUCGACUGCAAGCGCACUUAGUAAAAUGCCAACAAAAAUAUCCGCAGUUACGAAUCUGUCCAUACAACGCUACGCACAGGUUUCCGGAAAGCGAAAUGAAAGCUCACGUAGUCAGUUGCCCAUCUAAAGCAUUUGUAUUUCCUGAGGAAAGACAUUGUAAGGUCACUGCCGCGUUGACUACCCCACGGCCAAUAUUACAAAAGGACUAUCUCCCUGAAACUGAUCCCAACCAUGAGAUAUGGGACGACUAA